GUACAAAUAUUACAACCAAUCAAAAUGCAACUAAUUAAAAUAAACGAGACAUCAAAAGAACCCGUAUGUUGCGCAUGUGUAGGAUUUUAUCAGACGGAAGGCUUCAGAGAGUGUGUUGUUGAAAAACAAAAGAUGGCGACUUCAACAACACCUGAAUCGGUCGACCUUCCGAAAAACGAUGUCGAGUUUUUGAAAAUCCUGAAAGAAUUUCUAAAAGAGGAAGACUGGGCAAGAGCUUUAAGUAGUGAGAUUGAGGUUGUACUUCCAAACAAUGAAACACUUCAGAAAAUGAUAAACUGUAUCAAACCAUCGUAUCAAAUUGAACGAUGCGUCAGUCAAGCAACCAUUCUCGUCGUUGGCGCAAGUGGUGAUGGGAAAAGCAGUACCAUUAAUCAUUUCUUUGAUCAAGAAGUAUUUCCGACCUCUUCUGAAACAUCAUGCACCAAAGCAACAGAAGAAAGAUAUGUUGUAUCCUCCAGCGAUAAAUUGAAAAUCAACAAUCUUAAACUAGCUGUAGUGGAUUCACCUGGAUUCCACGACGUUAUCAGCUCUCGAAUGGCAGGGAAUAUCAAUAGCAUUCGCAAUUUUUUCAAAAAUUAUCCAAGUGGGGAAAAAAAGUUCCCCAACGUCAUUUUGUUCGUUUGCUCCAUCAUGGAUACCAGAAUGGAUGGACCUGAUUCAAAACUUGCGAAGUCGCUUCGAGAGUUGGCAAAACUAGAGCUGGUAGAUCGCCUUCAUCCUAAUCUUGUUAUCGUUUUCACCUUUUCCUGCAGUGUAGCAAAGAAGCGAUUUGAACAGAGAAAAAAAGAAGUCAAGAAUAUAAGCCAAAAACUGGCUGCACUCUAUAUUGGUCUUCGACCACGCGUUGUGUUUAUUGAAAAUGAAUUUGAGGAUCAUGAUCUUAAAAAAACUGGGAGUUGGACAGUUUUGCCAGACAACACAAGACAGGUAUACAACUUGUUUCGCGCCAUGAUGGAAGUACUAGCUGAGAACAAUGACUCUCUUGGAUUUCAAAUUAUAUCGCAUUUCUUUGAAAAAAUGCCUGAAGAUGUUAGGAUUGGAAAGAAAGUGGAUGUCUCUUUCGAUGACGCGGAGAAUCCAACCCUUGAAACUCAAGAAACGGAGAUUGACAAAAUCAUUCGUAACCAUGCCACGCAGCAUCCAGAGGAUGCAAAUGAUGCCAUUACCUUGGGAUUGGCUCUUGCACAAAAGAACUUUAAGCUACCCGAGGAUAUCAGGGGCAAGACGAUUGGAAGUGUCGCCACAGCUCUCUCUCCCUUUCCAUUAAACCAAAACAUGGAGAAGAUACUCAAAAAAUUAUUUAAGUUAAGAAAAAUGAUUAUUCCAAGAAGAAACAUAGCGGUUGGUCGUUGUUACAAUGUUUUCAGGGAUGAGUUAUCAACAAAAUCAAUCUGCAUUUUUAACGACGAACAAGAUACCGUUCCUGGUUUUCAAAUCCCAAAAGGCGUUGAUAUUGAAGUAAAGAAUGAAACAAGAGAAACGAGUUAUGUAUAUAAUGACAUUACCGAGUAUCGCGUUAAAAGGCUUGCAAAGUUGAAUGUGCAUUGUGAUUUGACCAAAUUCAUAGCAGAGGUUAAACCUGGUGUUAAUAUCUCAAACAAUUCAACAGGAACCGAAUCUGGAAAUCAGAGCACUUACUCCUUUUUGUACGAAAGGUUUUGUUAUGCAUUCAGGUUAAAUUCUGCCAAUUAUGUUCUCAAUAGGCAGUUCUUGACCGCUGUAAAGUUGCUUCCAGAGAAAUUUAACGAAAGCGAUGAUGACAGUUUGUACAAAUUCCAAUCAUUUUUGCGCUCGUGGGGUCAUUAUGUGCUCAUUCGAGUUUACUGCGGUGGUGCUAUGAUGGGAAAAAUCAAUACCACUACAAACCUUAAAAGUGUGCAGGAUCAGGUUAUGAAGAUUAAAACAGAACUUAACUUGAAAUUGAAAAUGUUUGAGAAACUUCCUUCGCUCGGGCUGGACGCAGAAUUUCGGAAUGAUGGCAAUGAAAAUGCUCAUACAUAUAUCGAAAAUGCUUUGGUUUCUCUCCAAGGUGGCGACAUUCCAAGCAACCUUCUUUCUCUUGGUGAUUGGACACCUGAAGCAUGGUCAAAAUGGUCGAAUUCCCUUGCUGAGAAAUCGAGUAUAUUGGAAAGUGAUAUGGAAUUACAAGCAAUGCAUUUGGUUAUAAAAGAUCUUGCCACUCGAGAUGAUGUUGAAAUUACGCCAAAUGAAGCUAACGAAAAAGCAAAAGCGAUUUUUCGGGCGCAAUGUCACAUUUUGGGACAAUCGUUCAGCGAUUCCUAUCAAAUCCCUAAUUCAAGAAUUGAAGCUGUAAAGGAGUGGAUUGCAUAUUGUGUGAUGGCAGCAGGUUGUGCUGUAGCAAAAGUGUUAUUUGCUGUACUAAAAAGUAUUAAGUAAACUUAGUCGCUUUCAACGAUUGGAUCAGCAAAUAAUUUUCAACUUGUCGUUAUUGAUUUACAAACGUUAAAAAAGUCAUAACCAAGUAGCAGAUGACAUCAAAAAUAGAAACCAGUACAAAGUUUUAUUUCAAGGAUUUUACUUCUUAUUGAUCAAAAAACGAAAGUUGCUAACGUUGUUUUUUUCCAAAAAUUUAUACUGUCGUGUAGAAUAUUCUCAUUAAUUAGAGACAUUUAAUUCGUUUUAGCGCGUUCUGCUACUUUUUUCUUGGCUAAAAGUAAUUAAAUUAAAGUCGUGAGCUCAGUUUAGAAAUGAAAGUUUCGAAAUGAAAGUUCUCAUAGUUUAACCCCCUUUUAUCAUAAAGCUCUCGCAAAUUAAAAUUUCAAUAUUUUUUACAAUACAUUCUCAAAAACAUCGCGACUAUUUCAAUGAAGCGUAUGAAAACUUUACAAGAUAUUUGCUUUAACUUAAACAUUGCAACUAAGAUACCACUAUUCUGAUCAGUUCUUCCCGGUUUUCACGAUUGUAAUAGGAUUUUUUGAGAUUUUCCAGUACGCUCUAAAACGCGAAUAAAAUAAUCCAUAGUAGAAUUUCUGAAAACGUCACGCAUAUAUUACUGACGCCAACAAAAAAUAAUUAUGCUACUUUCUAUUGUCUCAUGCUUACAAUUGUGAUGGGUGUUAUGUUGAUGGUAACACACCGUCAGAAUCCAUGGAGAGUGGACACUUUACGCUCCCACACUUUUAUCAAAAUUAUUCGCCGACCCAAAUGAUUUCGCAUAUUUUACAAAUUUUCUAUUAACUUAAUUUUUCUUCUGUUCUAUUUUUCAUCACCUUCUAAGAACUUUGACAUUUUGGAAUUAAUAAUUGGUAAAAAGAAAGAUAAGGAUCUUUUUUAUUUUUAUUUGUAUUGCUUCUUAUCAAAUUUCUUUUGACAGAUUUUCUUUGUUACGAAACAUGUUUAUGAAGGGUAUAGAUUUUGUGUUUUAUUAGUUUUUAUAGCAAAGAAAUUUUUUGGUAACUAUCUUAAGGGAAGUUAUUUUUGUGAAGAAUAACUUCUCGGAACAAUAAUAUUUCAAAUUUUUGCGGACGAGUAAUACAAUUCGGUUUAGAAAAAAAUGUUUCCGUCACAUUGAAGCUCGAUUCUAUGUUUGUUGUGAUUUUCUAUAAAAAAAGAUUUCAAUCGCCAGAAUAGAAACUUCCUAAUUGCAAAAAAGAUUUCGUGGAAACUUUAUUUUAACACCUAUUCUGUAAGAAUUUCUUAACGUAAGGUAAUGUUUUUGUAAUAAUAUUUUUUCUGCACACAUGAAGUUUUUAUUAUUAUGGAAUGUGUGUACUACAUGAUUAUAAUAAGAAUUAUUAUAAAAGUCUCAGUGGGCUAAAUUACUCUUGAAGUUAUCAAUCUUCAGGUUAAAAUUUCCCUUAGAAUAUUCUUACAUAUGAGUGUUGUAUAAGUGAACAAAAUGAUUGGAAACUUGUUAGAAGACAUUAACCUAGUAAUUAAAGAAGCCCACAUAUCUAGUAUUCUUACAAAACAUGUUCUUAUAAAAACGUAAAUUCACAAUAUUGAAAUAUAUGCACAGUUAUUUUAAUUUGCUGUUGGAAUAAAGCUUCCUGCUUUAUAGUUUAUAAUUUUAUGCACGUUUGGCUGUACGCAUUGUUAGUGUUUAGAAAAUUUCCUGCAGUA